GGUCGCGGAAAGGGGACAGUCACUUCCCGGAAGAGGCGGGGCCAUGGGCGAGAAGGCACCGAAUUCGAAGUGCUCCCCAGGAGCUUUCCGGGGCAGGGUGCUAGGCGCCAAACGGUCGCCUUUGCUUGGGGAAGGAAAGAGAAAGUCUUUCCUUUUCUUUUUCUUAUUUUUUGAGAAGAGAAAAUUUAGAAACUUGUAGACAGCAGUAGUUAAGAUUCAGGCCAAACUGGUAAAUCACGGAAGGGCGUCUUUCAAAACCAAGGAGGAAGGGUUGUCCCGGGUGCCUCGAAUAACAGCAGAUAAUCACCAGGAUGGGAGUGAAUGACUUGUGGCAGAUUCUGGAGCCUGUUAAACAACACGUCCACUUGCACAGUCUUGGUGGGAAAACCAUUGCGGUUGAUCUGAGUCUCUGGGUAUGUGAAGCACAGACAGUCAAAAAAAUGAUUGGGACGGUCAUGAAGCCCCACCUCAGGAACCUAUUUUUUCGUAUCUCAUAUUUAACGCUAAUGGAUGUAAAACUGGUGUUCGUUAUGGAAGGGGAACCCCCAAAGCUGAAAGCUGAUGUCAUAAGUAAGAGGAAUCAGAUUCGGUAUGGACCUUCGACAAAAACAUGGUCUCAGAAAACAGGGAGAUCACAUUUUAACUCAGUCUUAAAGGAGUGUCUUGACAUGCUGGAAUGCUUAGGAAUUCCCUGGGUCCAGGCUGCUGGAGAAGCUGAAGCCAUGUGUGCUUACCUCAAUGCCAGUGGUUACGUAGAUGGCUGCCUCACCAACGACGGCGAUGCUUUCCUUUAUGGGGCCCAAACUGUUUAUAGAAAUUUCACCAUGAAUACCAAGGACCCACAUGUUGACUGUUAUACAAUGUCAUACAUCAAGAGUAAACUAGGUUUGGAUAGAAAUGCUCUGGUUGGGCUAGCAAUACUACUUGGCUGUGAUUAUCUUCCAAAGGGAGUCCCUGGAGUUGGAAAAGAGCAAGCAUUAAAACUUAUAAAGAUUUUGAAAGGACAAAGUUUACUUCAGAGGUUUAAUCAGUGGAAUGAAAAAUUUUGUUACUCUAAUUCACAACCAGCAGUUGUUAGCAAACUGGCUCAUUGCUCUGUAUGUUCCCAUCCAGGUUCACCUAAGGAUCAUGAACGUAAUGGAUGCAAAUUAUGUAAAACUGAUCGAUAUUGUGAGCCACAUGAUUAUGAAUACUGUUGUCCUUGUGAGUGGCACCGAACAGAACACGAGAGACAACUAAAUGCAGUGGAAAACAGUAUUAGGAAGAAAGCUUGCAGUUGUCAGGGAUUCCCAUUCCAUGAGGUUAUUCAAGAAUUCCUUUUGAACAAGGAUAAAUUGGUGAUGGCAAUCAGGUACCAAAGACCUGAUUUAUUAUUGUUUCAGAGAUUUGCUCUUGAAAAAAUGGAGUGGCCCAGUCACUAUGCAUGUGAGAAAUUGUUGGUACUGUUGACCCACUAUGACAUGAUAGAAAGAAAGCUCGGUACAAGGAACUCUAAUCAACUACAGCCACUUCGAAUUGUUAAAAACCGAAUCAGAAAUGGAGUUCGUUGCUUUGAAAUAGAAUGGGAAAAGCCUGAACAUUACUCUAUAGAAGAUAAACCUGGACAAUUGGUUUUACAAACAAUAGAAGAAGAAUCAUUGUUUGAAGCAGCUUAUCCUGAGAUUGUUGCUGUUUAUCAAAAACAAAAGUCAGAAAUUAAAGGCAAGAAACAAAAAAGCAUGAAAACUAAGUCUAAAGGAAACAGUUUGCCAGAAUCAGAUGAUAUGAUGACUUUGCAAUCACACAUGACUUUAAAACCCACAUGUGAAAUCUUUUCUAAGCAGAAUUCCAAGUUAAAUUUGGAAAUUUCCCCUGAUUCUACAUUACCACAGGAAUCUACUGUGUCAUUGAAUACCUUGCUUUUACCUGAAGAUGCUCCCUGUUUGAAUACACAAGAACAGUUAAUAUCUUCUCCAAGACCUUUGGCUGUGCAGCAAAUUAAAGCUGUCAGUAAGUCUCUGAUUGCAGAAUCUAGUCAACCCAGUACCUCAUCCCUUAAUAUAUCUGCAAUUGCUGAUCUGCACUUGAGCACCAUUGACUGGGAAGGUACUUCUUUUAGUAAUUCUUCAGCUAUCCCAGGGAACACUUUUGCUCAUGGUGUAAAAUCGGAACUUGAAACAGCUAUCCCUGAUAGCUUUAAAAAUAUUACAGAGCAAUUGUCAUGUGAAUCAGAAUGGUGCACUACAAACAUUAAUAAACAGUUCGAUUGGGAUCUUCAAAAGACUGAUCCUGAAGAGCACCUACUUUCUGGCAUUACUGAUUUACAUCUUCAGGAUUUACCUUUAAAGGAACGAAUACAUAUAAAAUCAUCAUAUCCUCAGAAUAAUGUACAACCAGAUGAUGAUCUGAAAACAUUGUCCCUACUUACUGUACAAGAACACUGUAUUGCUAAUAGUAGUUCUGAGUGUCUAUCACAUCUUUCAAAAGAUUUUCUAGGAAUUCAUUUGCAAAAUGAAUCUAGAAACUGUAAAGUCCUAAAAGGAAACCAGCUGUUUCCAGAAAACUAUAAAGCAAAUACUUCUAUACCUUAUUCUGUCAAUAACCCAAUAGUAAAGACCUCCAAUGUUAGAAUUGGACCACCAAAUACUGCUUUAGAUUAUAGUAGAAAAGUUGAUGGGCAAACCACUCGGAAAACUGUAAUGAAGAAGAGUGUUUGCCUUGACAAACAUUCCUCUGGUGAAGAAAUUAUCCCAGAGUCUGGGAAAGCUAAGUCCACAACUCAAAAAAUGAAGCAGAGUUCUCAGAAACAUAGCCCAGCCCAGUUCAAAAAAAAUGAUGCCAACAAACUGAGUAACCCUAAAGCACAUAUUAAAGAAACUGAACAGUGUGUCCAGCCUUAUAAAACAGCUGGAAAUGAAGAAACCCAUUUCCAAGAUGCAGCAAAAUGGUCUCUGAGUUUUCUACAGUGUCAUAAGGAAAAAGACAUCUCUGGUACCUGUUUGGAUAGUCCUCUUCCUUUAAGUCAGAGAUUAAAACUAAGGUUCCAAAACACCUGAAAUUAAAUUUAAAAUAUUCAAGUAUAACUUAGUAUUCUAGUACUGUUGGCAUUAGCAGAAGCAGAAGGAAGGUAUCUAGUUAAUGUAUAGUAGAAAAAUUUAACGUGAUUCUAUAUGUUGUGAGACACUUGACAUUUUAAUCAAAACUGUAAUAAAAAAUGUUACCUAAAACUUUGGUUUUAAAAGACGAUUCUCUGCAGUGAAAACUUCAGAUAAUGUAUAUUUUUAUAACAUACUUUUUUCAUUAAAAAAAAAUCUUUAUUGAUUAUUCUUAAGUUAUAUCCUUAAAAUGUUAGUACACUACUAGAGUAAAUGCUCCAUUCAUUUGCUCAUUUUUACUCAUUUCUUCCACAAGCCCCUAAAGCAUUUUUUGAUAGUCCAGCUUGUUCCCAAGGGAUAACUCUUUAUAAUUGCCUGCAUUCUCACAACAUCUUCUGUUGUGCUUUUCUGAGAGUUAUAUUUGCUUUCAAUGUGAAGAUACUUUCAGCUGCUCUUCCAGUUUCAGUAAUCUUAUUCUGUUUUGUGAUGGACGAAAAAAAUGGAAAAGGAGGUUGAUGAUCAAUAUAUAUAGUGAAAAUCAUGGUUGUGGUAGCUGAAUAAACUGAGGAAAUCUACUUCUUACAUAUCCCCAGAAGUCCACAGGAUGCCAAGUGGAAAAAGAUUUGGAAAAUAGAAUGUAUAACCAGAAGAGGAUUAGGAACUUGCUCAGGGUCAUACACGUAAUUAAUAGUGGUAUGGGAACCAGAUUUCUUGCCUCUCAAUUCAUUGCUUUUUCUGUUAAAAUUUUUCUUCGAUAGCACUUUUUUCUUCCCCUUCUGUUUUAACAGUGCAUCUAUACAAUAUCAACUACAGCACCUCCAAAUAUUAAGCUAUUCAUUUAUUUAUUUAGCAUUCAAAAAGUCUAGAGGGAACCCGAUUGGAAAGAUAAAAGUAAAACCGUUGCUACUUGCAGAUGACAAGAUCUUGUGUUUAUGAAAUUCUGAGGAAUUCACUAAAAACUAUUAGAACUGAUAAAUGAGUUCAGCAAGGUUGCAGGAUACAGGAUCAAUAUAUAAACAUCAGUUGUAUUUCUAUACCCUUCUAAUGAAUAAUACUAACUGAAAUUAAGGAAUUCUUUUUACAACAAAAAGAAUAAAAUACUUUGGAAUAAAUUUAACAAUAGAAGUACAAAAUUUUUACUCUGAAAACUAUAACAUAACGUCGAAAGAAAUGAAAGAAAACCUAAAUAAAUGAAAAGACAUCCCACGUUCGUGGAUCAGAAGACUUAAUAUUAAGAUGACAAUACUCCCCAAACUAAUUUGCAUAUUCAAUGCAAUCACCAUCAAUUCUGGCUGAUUUCUUUGCAGAAACCAAUAAGCUGAUUCUAAAAUAUAUACGGAAAAUUAAGGGAUACAGAAUAGGCAAAACGAUCCUUAAAAAAAAAAAGAAA